AUGCCUGCUAAUGGGAACCGUCCCUUGAAGUUGCAGUUUGGUCUAAUCAACCAUGAGGGUCGCUACCUCACUGCUGAGUCCUUUGGCUUUAAGGUGAAUGCAUCAGCACCCAGCCUGAAGAAGAAGCAGAUAUGGACUCUAGAGCAGGACUCCCAGGACACCCAGGUGGUCUACUUGCGCAGCCACCUGGGACGCUACCUGGCAUCUGACAAGGACGGCAAAGUCACCUGUGAGGCCGAUGGCCACAAUUCCGACUGCCGCUUCCUCAUCGUGGCUCAAUCAGAUGGUCGCUGGGCCCUGCAGUCUGAGCAGCACCUCCGCUUCUUUGGUGGCUCUCGGGACUACCUGUCCUGCUUUGCCCAGGUAAUCACGGAUGCCGAGCUGUGGGCAGUGCACCUGGCUCUACAUCCGCAGGCCAACCUGCUGUCUGUGACCCGCAAGCGUUAUGCCCACCUCUCUAUGGAGGAUGGGGAAAUUGCUGUGGAUGUGAACAUUCCCUGGGGGGUGGCAGCGCUCCUGACCCUUGUCUACCUGGAUGGGAAGUACUGCCUUAAGACCUGCGACAGCCGCUUCCUAAGCAAUGAUGGGAAGCUCUUGACACAGAGUGGGAGGGCCACAGCAUACACACUGGAGCUGAAGUGUGGGAAACUGGCCUUUAAAGACUGCGAGGGGAAGUAUUUGUCUCCCAUGGGGCCUACGGGCACCCUCAGGUCUGGACGGUGUUCCAAACCGGGUAAAGAUGAACUGUUUGACCUGGAGGAGAGCCAUCCACAGGUGGUUCUGAUGGCAGCCAAUGGGCGAUAUGUCUCCAUAAGACAAGGAGUCAGCCUUGCAGCAAAUCAAGAAGAUGAGACAGACAUGGAGACGUUUCAGAUGGAGAUUGACAAGGAAACCAGGAUGUGUACUUUCCGCACCAGCCAAGGGAACUACUGGGCUCUGGUGGCCCACGGAGGCAUCCAGAGUACGGCUACUGAAGUGUCAGCCAACACCAUGUUUUCAGUGGAGUGGCUUGGCCAGAAGGUGGCACUAAAAGCUAACAAUGGAAAAUACAUCUGCAUCAAGAAGAAUGGCCAGCUGCUCGCUGUCAGUGAUUCCACAGGUGAGGAUGAACAGCUCACUUUGAAACUGAUCAACCGACCCAUGCUGAUCUUGAGAGGAGACAACGGAUUCAUCUGCCACCACAAGAAUUCCAACACGCUGGAUGCCAGCAGAUCGGUCUAUGACAUUUUCACCCUGCAAUUCAGUAACGGGGCCUACCAUAUUAAAGGUGUGGAUGGCCGAUUCUGGUAUGUGAACAGUGCUGGGCUGGUGUGCUCAGAUGGUGAGGUCCCUGAGGAUUUCUCUCUGGAGCUCCUGGAGCACAGACGCCUCGCCAUCCGUGGCAAGAACGGCAAAUACCUGCGUGGAGACCAGGGAGGCACGUUGAAGGGAGAUGGUCUCAGCCUGAGCAGCUCAGCCCUGUGGGAGUAUUAA